AUGUCGAAAGCGAUUCUCAUCACUGGCGCCACUGGCAAACAAGGCGGGUCUCUUGUGAACGCAUUGCUGAAAGCGAACGCCGACUUUGAAAUCUUGGCCCUCACACGGAAUAUUCAAUCGCCAUCUGCUCAGAAGCUUCGACAAAAAUCUCCAAAGAUCAAGCUGGUGGCUGGUAACCUGGAUGCCGUCGAUGAGGUUUUCCAAAAGGCCAACGAAGCUUCGAAGCUUCCAAUUUGGGGCGUCUUCAGUGUGCAGGGAGUGAACGCUGAAAGCGAAAAACGGCAGGGCAAAGCUUUGAUUGACGAGUCCAUCAAGAAUGGCGUCAGUCGCUUUGUGUACUCCUCUGCUGAUCGCGGCGGCUCCAAGUCAGACACUGAUCCAACGAGUGUCCCUCACUUUAUGAGUAAAUUCGAGAUCGAACAGUACCUCUUCAAGAAGGCCAAGGACAGUGGAUUGAAUUGGACCGUUUUACGCCCUGUAGCAUUCUUUGAGAAUCUAACACCAGACUUCUUCGGGAAAGUAUUCGCAACGAGCUUCGAAAUGAGUCUGAAGAAAGAGCAAACACUGCAGAUGAUCGCUACGAGCGAUAUUGGAUUCUUUGCUGCCGAAGCGUUCUUGAAGCCGGAGGAAUACCAGAACAAGAGCAUAACGCUCGCGGGCGAUGAAUUGACGUACGACCAGUUCAAGACUGUUUUCGAGAAGGAGACUGGCCAAACCCUGCCGACCACUUACAAGUUUAUCGUCAGCAUUAUCCACUGGAUGGUUAAAGAUCUUGGUAUCAUGUUUAAAUGGUUUCACGAUGUCGGUUUUAGAGCCGAAAUUCCAAGCCUGAGGAAGGUAAAUCCAGAAAUGAAGGACUUUGCGUCUUGGCUCAAGAAGGAGAGCCAAUUCAAGACUCGUUAA